AUGGAGGAGCCCUUGAUGACACGCCUGGGCCUGACCUUCGACAGCUUCCGUCCACGCGACUACGGCCGCGGCAUCGUUGAGCUGGAGCGGUCCAUGAAGUCGAGGCAUCUACACAUGAUCGCCAUUGGUGGUUCCAUCGGCGCCGGUUUCUUUGUCGGUUCUGGGUCGGCCCUGUCCACGGGCGGGCCUGCCUCGCUGCUCAUUGACUUUCUGAUUAUUGGGGUCAUGAUGUUCAAUGUGGUCUAUGCACUUGGUGAGCUGGCUGUCAUGUAUCCUGUCUCUGGUGGUUUCUAUACCUACUCGACGCGGUUUAUUGACCCCAGCUGGGGCUUUGCCAUGGGCUGGAACUAUGUUUUCCAAUGGGCCAUCGUGCUCCCCCUCGAGCUGACCGUGUGCGGCCUCACGGUGCAAUACUGGAACCCAAACAUCUCCGUUGCCGUCUGGAUCUCCGUCUUCCUCGCCGUCAUCGUCAUCGUCAACAUCUUUGGUACCCUUGGCUACGCAGAAGAAGAGUUCUGGGCCUCAAGCCUCAAGCUAACGGCCACCGUCAUCUUUAUCAUCAUCUCCUUCGUCCUCGUCCUCGGCGGCGGCCCUUCCGAUGGCGAGUAUAGCCACUACUGGGGCGCCCGCCUGUGGUACGACCCAGGCGCCUUCCGCUACGGCUUUCGCGGCUUCUGCUCCGUCUUCGUCACCGCCGCCUUUGCCUUCUCCGGCACUGAGCUCGUAGGUCUCGCCGCCGCCGAGGCCGCCAACCCCGUCAAGAGCCUUCCUGGAGCCAUUAAGCAGGUGUUCUGGCGCAUCACCCUCUUCUACAUCCUCGGCCUCUUCUUCGUCGGCCUGCUCAUUCCCUCCGACGAUCCGAAUCUCCUCGGUGCCAACCCUUACGCCGAUGUCAACGCCUCCCCUUUCGUCCUCGUCGGGAAAUACGCCGGCCUCAAAGGCUUUGACUCCUUCAUGAACGUCAUCAUCCUCGUCUCCGUCGUUUCCAUUGGCGUCAGCGGUGUCUACGGUGGCUCACGCACCCUGACCGCCCUCGCCCAACAGGGCUACGCCCCCAAGAUCUUCACCUACAUCGACCGCUCCGGCAGACCCCUCUUCAGCGUCAUCGCCAUCCUCCUCUUUGGCUUCCUUGCCUACAUCAAUCUCAACGCCAAUGGCCCCACCGUCUUCGACUGGCUCCUUGCCCUGUCUGGCCUCGCCGCCCUUUUCACAUGGGGUAGCAUUUGCCUCGCCCAUAUCCGCUUCCGCAAGGCCUGGCAUAUGGCAGGCCACACUCUCGACGAGAUCCCCUUCAAAGCCAUCGGUGGCGUCUACGGCAGCUGGCUAGGUCUGAUUCUCGUCGUUCUUGUCCUGGCCGCUCAGCUCUUCGUCGCCAUCUGCCCUCCGAAAGGCGGCUUUAACGAUGCCUCGGGCUUCUUCCAGUCCUACCUAGCCGCCCCCGUCGUCAUCGCUUUUUGGUUUGGCGGGUUUGCCUGGAAGCGUCAGGGCUGGCUGCGCACCCGCGACAUCGACGUCGAUGUCGGCCGCCGCGAGCUCGACUGGGACGAGAUCAAUGCGUACCGUGCCAGGUUGGCUGCGAUGUCUACUUGGCGGAGGCUGAUGCAUGUAGUGUUUAUCUGA